AAGAGCUUAAGCUCAUCGAAAUUUUUCAGGUUGACAUCGUCUCCUCUUUGCGGCACAGUCCGAAGCAUUAUCUUCCUCCCGAACGUUCCUGAUGUAAGACGGACCCGAGGGCCUCGGUUCAGGACUGACUCAAUAGUAACCCAAGUGUCGCCAUCGCCAGCAACACCGUACUUAUGGACGUUUUAUACUAUUCUGCCAGCCGGGAGUUCCCUUGCGGUGUUUCGGGCGGAGAACGCACGGUUGCUCUGUCCAUCAUCGAUUCGACAGUAGGCAAUUUCAGUCCCUGCGGAGCCGUAUGGUUCUACGAUGCCUCCCCUUCACUCCCCAACCCUGAAGGCCUUAGAUCCGCACUCAGGAAAACCCUCGACUUUUAUCCGCAGUGGUGCGGCCGUCUUUACCAUCUCCCACCCUCCCACACUACGAUUGACCGACUGGCUCUAACUUUUGGUUGCGCCACGGAUCCGGGAGUUCUUUUCGUUGACGUGCAAACCAAUGUACGACUCGCAGACCUUAUCCCUUUGCCACGACCCAAAGAAUGGGAUGCCUCUGAUUUACCUGCAGCUCACUUCCUCCCAUCUACGCCGUUAGCCCCCGUUGAUCCCGAGGGACCAGUCAUGUCGGUACAAGUAACAACGUUCGCAUGCGGAGGAAUUGCCAUCGGCAUUCGUCUAGCGCAUCCUCUCUCCGAUGCACAGACAUUAGCCUAUUUCGCGAGAGACUGGGCGUGCAUUGAACGUGUUGUUCCCAAUCCAGUUUUUGACCCCCAGCUCCUUGAUGAUCAUGCCCCAGGAUCAGAGGUUGAUGACGCUCUGGUCGCGGAGGCGCGCAAGCUACCUUGCAGCCGUUAUGACUGGUGGAUCUCUGGGUCUGAUUGUCCAUUUGCAUCCCAAGCAGCUGUCAUACCGCCUGAAUUUUCCCCCCCUCCUGAUGUUGGAGGAACUCGAAUGCCCUGGGACCAAUGGAACGUCUCAGCACCCGUCUCCCACUAUGUCAUUCAUUUCACCCAAGAUGAAGUGAAACAAAUGGAAGGUGGAACGCGGAUGGAGGCCAUCUUGGCACAUGUGUGGGGGUGUAUCAAUCGUGCUCGUGGCCUUGUGGAGGGAGAUGAAGUCCACAUGGAACUCACAUUUGGUUUACGGCCACGGUUAAAACUACCGGACAGGUUUAUCGGGUCGCCUAUCAUGCUUGCGGAUGUGCGUACGCCUACAUCGCAAGGCAUUCACGACACGUUGUCGCAGUUUACUAUCAAUGCGUUGAAGGCUCAUUUGCAUGAAAAGAAGUUUGAAGUGGCGCCAAAGAGGUUGUGGCAGGCAUUCCUGGGGCACCGGCAUGUUUUAGUCACGUCGUGGGUGCAUACUGGAGUCUACGAGGCCGAUUUUGGGGGCGGAAGUCCACGAUAUGUCGAGGCGGUGAUGCCUAAAUUGGAUGGAUUACUGCAGGUCAUGGAAGUACAGAAUAGACAUGGGGAACACUGUCGCUGGUACGAUGCGGGAGUUGAUUUGCAGCUACAUUUAGAGGAGGAAGUUAUGGUAAGAUUGCUGGAAGAUCCCUUGUUGAGAAAAUAUUAUGCUGCAUAAUUUAAAAGAC